AUGUCUAUUUCUCCGAGCAAAGAGUCCGACAUCAGCGAUUCACUAGACUUCGAGGUCCAGUUCGAUGGUUCCGAUGAUGAUAUCGAGGAUGCUCUCCGUCUCUCAGAUCUUCAUAAGUGGCUUGUCGUGAUAGUUGUAUCUUUGACCUCCGUCUGCAUCACUUGUGUAUCAUCGGUAUGGUCCUUGGCCUCCGAAAACAUCAUGGAACAUUUCAGUAUCAGUCAUGAGGUGUCAACAUUGGGAAUCUCCUUCUACAUCUGGGGUCUAGGUACUGGAGGAAUGUUUCUAUCUCCUAUCUCAGAAUUCCACGGGCGGAAGGUGGUGUACAAUGUGGGUUUGUUCUUGGUAUUUGCUCUUCAAUUUGUGCCAGCAUUCAGCAACAAUGUCGGCUCCAUCUUGUUUUCUCGGUUUGCAUCAGGUUUUUUUGGUGCUGCGUUCAUGGCAGUAGCCAGUGGAACCUUCAGUGAUCUUUUCCGCAAGGUCGACAGAUUCCCCAACACAAAGAGAGACCAAACGAAAGAGCUUAACAAGGCUUUGGUCAUGUACUCUGCGUCACCAUUCUUGGGUCCUGGUUUGGGUCCGUUGAUCUCAGGUUUCAUUAAUCAACACACCUCAUUCAGAUGGACCUUCUACGUCAUGAUUAUUUGGACCGGUGCCCUGUUCUUAUUGGUUUGGAUUACUGUUCCUGAGACUUUUGAGCCAGUUCUUCUCAAAAAGAAGGCUGAGCGUAUUAGAAAGGCCACUGGCGACGACCGUUGGUAUGCACCCAUUGAGAAAGAGGGAACAAGUUUAUAUAUAACUGUGUUGACAUCCUCCAGACGUCCCUUUGCGCUCAUCUUCAAAGAUUACAUGACAAUGGCACUAUGUUUUUACACUGGAUUCACGUUGGCUAUCGUGUAUAUGUUUUUCGUGUCGUUUCCUUAUAUCUAUAGGACUGUUUUCCACUUCAGUGUUCAGGAUCAAGGAAUUGCGUUCAUUGGAUUGAUAUUGGGAUUGGCCAUCACUGCUUUGGUUAGUCCCGCAAUUGUGCAAGUUUACUAUGAGAGAUUGGUGGCCAAGAACGGAGGAGUCCCCAAGUGUGAAUUCAGAUUCCUUCCAUUAAUGGUUGGAGUAUUCAUUGUACCAAUCGGCUUGUUCAUCAUUGGUUGGACAUCGUACUCCAAAUUGCAUUGGAUCGGUCCCAUAAUCGGUUCUUUUAUAUACGGCAUGGGUACCAUCCUCGUCUUUAACGGUAUCUUUGCAUACACAGUGGAGGCAUACAGAAGGUAUAUUGCAUCGGCCAUGGCUGCUAACUCAUUCAUCAGAUCGCUCAUGUCUGGUGUUUUUCCCUUGUUUGGAUUGCAGAUGUACGAAAAGUUGAGUAUCCAGUGGGCCACCACCUUGUUGGCACUUUUUGCAUGUGUGCUUAUUCCUAUUCCAUUCGUGUUCUACAGGUAUGGGGAACAUCUCCGGGAGAAGAGUGUCUACACUUGGUCAGAGUAG